UCCAGAUUUCUCUCGACUUCUCUCCUCCAUAACGCACCAUGCAGGCAUCCUUCCUCCCCAUUUUUAGUCCUGCUUUGGUACAGUCACAGCUUUUCUCUAUGGUGCAGCUUCACCUGGAUGCUGCUAGAACACCCCUCUGUGGGUGAGGGAGGGGUAUCUGCACGAGUCUUAACUGCGUUGUUUUGGGAUUGCAUCACCAAAUCGUCACAGGGUGUCCAGUCAGAGCAGGCAGGAAGAGCAUUACCAAUCUGAGGUCCUUUCUCACAGCUGUCAGUCCUUUAGCUAGACUCUGUAAGAAAUACUGUAUCAAGAAAGGAGACACCAGAGCUCCAUUGACUGGUUGGCAUACAGAACGAAAGACUACCUACUGCAGGACGACACACAGGCAUCAUGACACAGGGCAAGCUGUUACUUGCAAGCAAAGCCGCCAAUGGCAGUGGAGAAGCUUUAGUCGCACCAGCUCCUCCCAGCUAUGAAGAAGCCACUGCAAGCACCAGUGCUCCUUGCUACAAUGAUGUUGAGAUGCUCACAGAGUUCACCUGGGAUGAUCUCAACGUCAGGAGGAUCUUCAUCCGUAAGGUGUACACCAUCUUGAUGAUCCAGCUUUUGGUCACUCUCGCUAUUGUGUCCCUUUUCACAUUCUGUGAUCCCGUGAAGGACUACAUUCAAAGCAACCCUGGCUGGUACUGGGCCUCUUACGCUGUGUUCUUUGUCACAUAUCUGACCCUGUCUUGCUGCUCUGCACCAAGGAGACAGUUUCCAUGGAAUCUGAUUCUGCUUGGCAUCUUUACCCUCUCCCUCUCCUACAUGACAGGGAUGUUGUCCAGCUUCUACAACACCAAGUCGGUGGUGAUGUGUCUGGGCAUCACAGCAGCAGUCUGUCUCCUGGUCACAGUCUUCAGCUUCCAAACUAAGUUCGACGUGACAUCAUACCAAGGCGUGCUCUUUGUCUUCUGCAUGGUGAUGUUUGUCUCCGGACUGGUGCUGACACUCGUCCUUCCCUUUCAAUAUGUACCCUGGUUGGAUGCAACCUACGCUGCCUUGGGAGCCAUAUUGUUUACCAUGUUUUUGGCAUUUGACACCCAGCUCCUCAUGGGGAACAAGCGCUACACUCUUAGUCCAGAAGAGUACGUCUUCGCCACUCUCAACAUCUACCUAGAUAUCAUCUACAUCUUCUCCUUCUUCCUCCAAAUCUUUGGAACGAAACAAGAGUAAACCAUCGCCCCACCUUUCUUACCUACAGACAACAUUUAGCCAGACAUAAGAAUCUUUUAAAGUUUUGUGAUUGGUGUGAUUGUGAUAACAAUGCUUGCAAUUGUAACAGCUUUAUUUAUUUUUUGCCUGAUACUGACCAGGCCAAAAUACAUGUACAUAGAUGUGUGUCAGUGUUCACAUCCAAAAUGUCUACAACCUCUCCCUCCUCUCGAGCAUGUUGUGAACCCACACCACAUUUUAGGGUUAGCUUACUAGCUUUACCAACAAGAAACAAUCAGUGAUCUUCCUCCAUUUAACAUAGAUAACACAUACUGUGAGUGUCCAUCUAAAGCUGUAUGGGUGUCUUUAUGUCCGUUCCUGCCUAGAUAUCAUAAAUGUCUUUCAUACAAUAGAUGUCCGUGCUCUUCAAGAGGUAUGUGAUCUACAAUACAUUAUGCAUGACUCUUAAAAAGCCCUAACUUUGCCAAGUGUGGUCAUUCAAUCAUUGGGCUUUUGCUGUGAGUGUUGAUUUGUUGACUGGAAGCUCAAAUCUAACUUUAUAAAAUAAGUUUAUUGUAUUUUUAAGCAUAUCUAAUGUUGUCUCAAUACUGUGAAUUACAUCUCUGCCUUAAUUUGUUACCCAUAUUUACUGUAUACUGUUUGGUCUGUUUUUAUUUUACUCAUGGUUUUACCCCAUUUAACUCUGAGGCUGUCAUACAUUGUAUUGACAUUGUUGUAUUGUUUAUGUUUUGUAUAUCAUUUAUUUAAUAUGUAUGAUUGAACCUGAAAUGUUUUGAAUGAAGAUUGUGUCGACUAUCUUUUAAAAAAAAAAAAAUCUUUCAUUAAAGACAUUUAGUUUGGGCAAACCUUAAUUGAUGGCAUUAUAGUUUUUGGUCCUAAUAUUAUUUAAACAUUUGAUUAGUUUGAAGUGGUGACUCAUGAUAAUUGAAAAUAAACAAGACAGUGCCAUAAAUGCAUGGAAUCUAUUGUACAUUUUGAUAAUGCCUGCAUUUGUGGAAGGCUUGAAUGCUAUAUUUUAUGACAUUUGAAGUUUAUUUUUUUAUGACAGAAUGAAAUAUAUAUUUCAGAAAGUGUGUGAUAUAUAUAUAUAAUGGUGAGUUUGAAACUUGAAAUGAAUUCAUACGUCGUCUAAAGUGGCCUUGGACUAUCUUUAUUUGAUGAUAUUGAUGUAGUAUAUUGUUUAUAGAGCACCCUGCAUUUCAUAUUGGUGUUACUGUAUUGAUUUAUUAAAGGGUGAAUGUGUAUGAAUGGA